AUGCAAAUCACUACCUUUGUGACUCUUGCCCUCGCCGCACUCGCGAGUGGCGCGGCCCUUCAGGAGAAGCCACCUGCUGAUGUUGUGACCGCUGGGCAAGACAAGGCGGCCCCCAACGAUGAACACGCCUCUACCUUCGCUAUCAAGUCCUGCAAAAUUGGCGCCAAUUACUGUGGCUGGUAUCUCAGGAACGACCUUGGCUGGGAGGACCCCGAUAUCGCCGGAUACGGUCUCUAUAAAUGCAUCGAGCCCUACAAGGCCAGCAGAAUCGCUUCUUGCGUCAAAUGUGUUGGUCCCGUGGCCCAUUGCGCUAGUUAG